CACAGCACUGCCUGCCCUACUACCCGUCCCCCCACUCCUCUCCUCUAGCACUGGUCGUCAUCUGAGUCCUCCUCCGUGCCGUCUCUGUCCUCGAUGACCACCGCUUUGGUGCUCUGCGCCGUGGAGCUGUCUCCCAGCGGAUGUAGGUGCAGCUUCCCUGAGCUUGUGAGUUCGUUGGUCAGGCGCCGGUCCAGACAGAGGUCGGUCCGCCAGUGCAGCUUGAGCACUCGCAGUAAGGCACGCAGCACGGCCUUGGUCUCCUCGGGGUUCUUGAUCCACACUGUUGUGGCACAACUCCUGCAUAGACGAAGACCCAACACACACAACAUCAUCAAAUCGGCCGCUGGCUCGGUGAGUUGUGUGUGUGUGUGUGCGUGUGCGUACCUCGUGGCUCUGUCAUUGCCCGUGUUCAGGAACUGGUCUCCCACAUGCAGGCACUCGUGUGGCUUGAGAUCGAGGUAGUGCUGCAGACCCAAGACGCCCACGAACUUGUUCCCGACAUCCACCCAGCUGUCAUUGCCUCCGUUGAAGGCACAAAACGGCACAGUCAGGCCUGACACACACUCCACACAGACACACGCCUAUGAACAUGUUUGCAGGCACGCGAGUGUGAGGGCUGACCGGCUUGUCUGAUGGCGUCUUUGAUGCGCAGCACUACUUCGUCCAGAAUCUCGCGGCGCAGGCCACCUGCACCCGAACCUUCCGGCACCAGAUGACGACCUGCAUCAAUCACAUCAGCGCACGGGAGGCCGACGUUUCUGGCUAUGUGGCUGCCUUGGAUCUCCGUACCUUCGUAUCCCCCAGGUACGAUGCCAACAGCCUUCUCCUUUCGGAUGAGCUUGACGCGCAACUUGAGGUCUUUCAUCGCAUCCUCCAUGGUGCUCUGAUAACAGACAGAAAAAGACACACGGCACUGCGGAGCUAGGUAUGCCUGGACCCCUCAUGGCUGUGCUGCCCGCGCGUGCCUGUGCUAGGUCCAGCAGAGUUUUGCACUGGGCUUCGUCGAAUCGGAAGCCCGGCUGGAGGGGCUUCCACUCGUCCUCAAACACAGGGCUCAAGUGGUAGUCAUCAGAGCCGUUGCACCUGACACAGACACCAGCAGCAGCAGCAGCAGCAGAACAACACGACACGGCACUCACCACAUGACGUGACACAUGCCAUCUAGCUAGCUGUCCACACACUCACCGGAACAGGAAGUUGCACUCGGCCCCGAGGACGAAGAACCUGGAUACGACGUGGGGCUUAAUCUUCUGCUGACGAAAGAAGUCCAGCAGACCUCUUAUCCGGCCUUCGUACUUCUCGUGGUCAUAACCGUAACCUACGCGUGACACUAUGAUCCACACAAUCACACAGAUGGCGUUGGUCAUUUGUGUGUGCUGUGCGAAGUGGACCUGCUGCAGUGACGAGGGCAAUGUUGACGUUGCUCUUGAGGAGCUGGGUGAGAAAGGAGGCCAGCUUCACUACACACACACACACAUACACACAUGGCCAUCAAGGUGAGAUGUGUGUGUGUGUGUAUGGGAGCUGAGCUUCGUGCCUUACUUACCGUCAUUGAAGAACUGUCCAUCCGAGUAGAGCGUCUCGUCGCCAUCAAAUGUGAUCAGACGCACACUGUCGCGCAGCGCCAACACCUACACGCGCCCGCGAGUGCAUACACACCACACACCAAGAGUGAGUGGAUGGGGCUGAAACGACUAUGCACUGCACUGCCUUGAUUUGUUUCGUGACUGACCUGCGCCACAUUCAGUAUGUGUCGGACCUCAUCAGUGGACGGGCCAACGAACUGGCGGGACGUCAUGCAGUACUUGCUGUCAUAGAUGUCAAACGCCUGCGCCCAUCCGCCCAUCCAUCCAUCCAUCCAUCCAUUUAUGCGCCCAUCGUGCAAACAGCGGACGCACCUUGACGAGGGGCAGUGGCGUGAAGAAGUCAGCUACGCCCCUGCACAGCUGGGCCAGCCUGGUUUGGGCCCUCUGGUCUUCAGGAGCGGCACGGUAGUCAUCUGACAACCAACAGUCAGACAGACGAGCACACAGCAAUGAAUGAACUGUUGAACCCACCGGCUUUGUCCGCGAUGAUUCAGUGACUCACCGAUGAGGUUUUGGAAGCACUGGAAUGUGUAUCUUGACUGCUGCGUCCGCUCAUCUUUGGUCGUAUUGAUGAGGAACACGUUAUGCAGCGCACCUCGAAUGGCCUCAACCAAGCUACUGCAGGCAGAAAGGCGGCGCACAGGCAGAGAAACACACCGGGGCUUCAAGUUCUUGACGUAUUGUUCGCUCCAUGUGUGCUGACUCACUCGGUUUGGAGUCCUCUGUCUGCGGUGUUGAUUGGGUCGGGGCCGGUAAGGGAAGGAAGAGAGGCACUGCUCACUGACAAAGCCAUGAGAUGAGAUCAAAACGAAAAAACUGCUGCU